UGUCUAAAUUUAAUGUUUACUUUCUUUCUUUUACAGUGCAGCCAGAAAUACAUUCAACAUCAUGUACAGAACAAGAAACAGGGGUACGCUGCAAGCCAGAAACAGCGCCGAGCCACUCAGAUUGCCACUGAAGAAGAGGAAACAGAAAGAGCCUUCCAAGAAAAUUCAACCUGCCACCAAGAAACAAAACUAUGAAAUACAGAGGUGCUGGUCUCAGGACGGCGCCUCCCCAUGCGUCCUCAUCGAAACUCCUCACAAAGAACUGGAGCCCAUGGACCAGUCCGGGUUCAAACAGUACAUAUUCAAAAACCUCUUCAUCAAGCCCUCCCCCAUCCCCCGCCUCAGCUGGGCCAACUCGGAUGACGUGUGGGUCAAAAUGCUAAACAAAGAGCUGAAGUACGUUCAUGAUAAAAGCUAUCUGCAGAAGCAUCCAAAACUGCAGCCGACAAUGAGGGCGAUUCUGCUGGACUGGCUGUUUGAGGUGAGUGAGGUUUACAGUCUCCACCGGCAGACGGCCUAUCUCGCUCAGGACUUCUUCGACCGCUUUAUGCUGACUCAGACGGAUGUCAAUAAGGACUACCUGCAGCUCAUCGGCAUCACGGCGCUCUUCAUUGCUGCUAAAAUGGAGGAGAUCUACCCUCCUAAAAUUUUCGAGUUCGCCUACGUCACAGAUGGAGCCUGUGAUACCUGGGACAUCCAGCGCACAGAGAUUAACAUCCUCCAGGCGUUGAAGUGGAACUUGUGCCCAGAGACUCCCAUCUCGUGGCUGAACCUUUACGCUCAGGUUGAGGCUCGAAAAGAUGACUCCGAAGAUUUCCUGGUCCCUCAGAUCUGCCCAGACACCUACAUCCAAAUCACACAGCUGUUAGACCUGUGUAUGCUGGACAUCAACUCUCUGGAAUACAGCUACAGUAUCCUCGCUGCAGCCGCCCUCUGCCACUUUUCCACAUUUGACAUCGUCCAUAAAGUUUCAGGUCUGACGUGGGAAACUGUGGCCCCCUGCUUCCGGUGGAUGAGGCCCUUCAUGGACGCUCUGCGAUCCGAACCCAGACCUCAGCUUAAGAGUUUCCCCAAAGUGAAACCCGAUGACCGACACAACAUCCAAACCCACGUGGCCUACUUGGACAUCAUGAAAAAGGUACAGGAACUUCACUCCAGCAGUCCCGAACGCCAGCUCUCACCUUUACCUGUCGGUUCAGUCUUAACGCCACCCAGCAGCACUGAGAAGGCCGCUGUCACUGAGCAACACAAACAAACCCGCCAAUCACUGAGCAGUAUUCGCAAAGCCUGAAUGUCCCGCUACCUCCUGAGCAACAGCACUGUUUUAGGAAGUUUCAUGUAGCAUGGUCAGGGUUGUCUUUUAAACACUAAGAUCUGACUCUUUCACAAUAUGAGCUGGCAGGCGUUUAUUUUUUUCCCUUUUGUUUAAGUUGAUUGGAAACUCAUCGUGUCUUACCUGUGAGGUGUUAUCUGGGAGCUGAACUGGUGCUAUUGUGCUUUAAAUGGUGCUUCAGUAGAUUCUCAGGAGAUUGAAAGCAGCAGACUGUCCCAUUCUCUGCUUGUCCUUUCUAAGCGACUGCUGUUCUGCAGCACGAGCCAUAGUACUUUUUUUUUUUUUUUUUUCUUUUUUUUUAAACGUCCUAAACAAUGAAUGAAGCUCAGUUUUUCUUAAAUCUGCAACCUGGUUGCACAUUGUUGUUACAUUCCUGGGAAACUUGACUUGCGUAGGAAACCUUGCCUACCACUGUGUAAAGUUUUUGCUUUUCAUUUUU